CUGAAUUGACAAAUUUGUACCAUGUUUGUUUAAAUCAACUAAAUUUCAUUGUCGGUAUCGAUGCUUCCUUUUGUCCUAGCGUCUUGACAAAUAGCCAGAUGGAAACUGAAAGAAGUGACAGACUUUUGCAAGAGAAGGCAAAAAAGCAACUUACAAAGGAUUUGAAACCUAUAGAAAAGCUCAGAUAUCAGUGUCUUUCCCGUGGUGCUUCAGGAAUAGCUGGGAUUAGUAGACAGUUUCGUAUUAUCGAUGAUGACGGAAAUAAAAAGCUUGACUUCAGGGAAUUUUCUAAAGGAUGUAGAGACUUUGGCGUGGACUUAACCAAAGAUGAAAUUAAGGAAAUAUUUGAUGAGAUAGACACUGACCAGAGUGGGUUUAUCGACUUUGACGAAUUUUUAGUAUCAUUAAGACCCCCUAUGAGUAAAUGCAGGACUGACGUGCUGAACAAGGCUUUUCUGAAACUAGAUAAAACAAAAGAUGGUAUUAUAACUAUUGAAGAUUUGAAAGGUACUUACAAUGUGAAACACCAUCCAAAGUAUAUUAAUGGUGAAAAAACUGAGGAUGAAAUAUUAGUGGAAUUUUUGAAAACUUUCCAACCUCAACAAAAUGCAGAUGAAGUAGAGAAUAUUUGUGUUCGAAUUAGCGUGUAUGGAGAGGAAAUUUGUCGAUUUGGACUGCUUUACUACUUGUAAGCUAGCAGUAUAAGUAUCCUCGAACCUCUGUGAGCACCUAUUUGCUAAGCAAUUUUACAGUCAUUACAAUCAUUUCAUCUACUUAUCUUCGAAUCUUACAGACGUUUAUAAUCAUGAUCAAUUUUAAAAUGAAAAGGUAUUAUAAAGUUAAACACUCUAUAAUGCCAAAAAUCGAUGGCAAUUGUAAUAUAAGAUAGAGCGGUAUUAGGUUGAAAUCCACUCAUUAAGAGGCUUCCUUAUAAUGGAGUUUGUAUGCGUUUUCAGCCUCAGCGAUGCCUGAUCUAUCAGACUAUAUUGAUCGCUUUUUGUUAGUUAAGCCAUCAUGAAGUUGAUGAGAAUUAGUAAUGGAAUGAAAGGUUCACAUCUUUCUUGUUUGAGACGUGAUUUCUAUUUACGCUUAAAUUUAAUUGUUGAUGACUCCCUUUCAAAUGUAUAUAACAUUGUGGUAUUUAACAUGAUUAUCACUGGAUUCCAUAGCAGUUGGUUAGUCUUAAACUAAAUGAAGUGUACGCAUUUUAAUUUGCAGUUGGUAUAUUUUUAACUGCCCCUCUGGAUUUCCCAUUUUCAUACUUUUAAGGAGCAUCAGUUCUCCCUACACUGUAGUGGAUACACCAUUUAGAUAAGGGCCAGCAAACGGGAAACUUGAAUUCCAUUCGUUGCCUUUAACUACCUGGCAUAUCUUAGCUGAAUCUUUUGUGACAGUGAAUAGUAUUUAUUUUAUUUUUAAACACUAAAACGCUUUCUGUCUUUAUUCGUUUUCAUCACGUAAAUAUGUGACAUAUUUAUUAAUGUUUAGUGCUUAAAAACAUGCACUAACUAAGACAAAACAGUUGUCUAAUUGAUAUGUAGUAAUUUACUGUAAUUGUAGUGUUAGUAUUUCGAGAUGACCGAAUU